AUGGUAGAACACGCCGUUGUAGCAACAGAUGAUGGUCGAUGUUCACGAAUUGGUAGCAGAAUCCUUCGAAAGGGAGGUCAUGCAGUUGCUGCUGCCUUCUGCCUCGGUGUUGUUAGCCCGGCAUCGAGUGGCAUCGGUGGGGGAGCUUUCAUGUUGGUUCGAUCUGCAGAUGGGCAUGUGCAGGGCUAUGACAUGCGAGAAACUGCUCCCUCUAAUGCUUCAAGGGGUGGACUCUCUGUUGGAGUUCCAGGUGAAAUUUUAGGUCUCUAUGAGGCUUGGAAGGAUUAUGGGAGGCUCCCAUGGUAUAUACUUGUGAAACCUGCAAUUGCAAUAGCAAGAUACGGAUACGAGAUAGAUCGUUUUCUAUAG